AUAGGAAAAAUGUUAUCGCCCGAUACUUUACAUCACCAGGAAGAGGUUAACUCUGCCCUGGACCGACAAAUACGUCAGGAUAUACAAGAUAUGGCCCAAGAAGCUCAAAUUCAAGCACAAAUUAUAGCACACGAAGCAAGGGAUCGUUUUCAGUCCACCUCUAGCGUAGACGAUGAUACACAUGAAGAUAUUGAACAUGACGGUGGUGUUACAGUAUUGGGCGUUGUGGAGGAAGAUGAUCACCAUGAAACUAUAGUUGAAGAGGACAUAUCCGAACAUGAUAUGUCUGAUAUGCAUGAUACAAAGGAUUACAAAGAUAUGGUUAUAGACUCACAAGAUGGUGGUCUUCCAAGAAAAAGAAGAGGCAACCUGCCAAAACAUUCAGUAAAAAUACUCAAACGUUGGUUGUAUGAACAUCGUUAUAAUGCCUAUCCCAGUGAUGCUGAGAAAUUUACUUUAUCACAGGAGGCAAAUUUAACAGUGCUGCAGGUAUGCAAUUGGUUCAUUAAUGCUCGUCGCCGUAUACUGCCGGAAAUGAUUAGACGUGAAGGUCAAGAUCCACUGCACUUUACUAUAUCUCGUAGAGGUAAAAAACUAAAUUCUUCCAUGAACUCAACGGGUAGUUUAAACAAUUCAGGAAACGCUCCAAAUCCUAUAACUGGUAGUCCGGCUUCAGAAGUGAUUGUAGGAGCCACCGAGGAGGUUGAAGGAGAAGAAGUGCACGAUGGCGUGGCUAACGUAUUGACAGCUCUGGGACAUUUUGUGCAAACGCCGGGAGGACAAAUGGUUAAGGUUGAACCGGAUAUGGAAUAUGACGACAGUGUUAUAUACAGAUGGCAACAAGCAAUUAUAUCUAAUCCCCAAGGCUUUCAAAACUUACAUCCUCAAAUUCAAGCCAAAAUUUUAGAAAAGAUUCAAGCUGCCAAACAACGUCAAUAUGCCGCAGAGACUGUUGCUAAAUACGAGUACUCUAAAAAUUAUUCAAAUUCUGCUACAACAGGCUUAAAUAGUAACAAUCCCACAAACUCGCAAUAUUCAACAAACUCUAAUUAUUUUUAUUCUCAUACCUUAAAUCAAAUAUUUCAUAUUCAAAAUAACAAUAAUAUAUCUAGCAAAAAUGUAUUUCAAGAAGUUGUGAGAUCUGAAGAUGAUAGUGUCAAUGAGUAUGAUACCUGUGAAGCUCAAAGCGAAGAGGAAAACACCGGUAAAUUUGAAAGUUCUGAUGCAUGGCAAUCGGUUAUGAAGACUGUUUUCAGUACCGAGGAAGUGACGACCACUAGUCCUACUGCUACAAAUAACACAUAUUGGACAUCAGCGCCGCAUCCGCAUUUGUCACAUCUGCCCCAACAAACCACAAAUGAAAGCACACUAACUACACAAGCCGCAGGUAACACUGGUAUUUCUGCGGUCUCCCAUCAAUCUGCCAACAUUGUUCUAUCCACAGGUGAAGUCGUUACUGAGUCAGCAUGUGUUGGAGCUGAAGCGACUGUUGUCACUUCUCAUACCCCCGGUGCAGGAGGACAACUAAUGGCUGCCAAGAAUAACAGCAGCUUGCUCAACAAUAGUAACGCCCUUUCCAAUAGCAUCAACAAUAAUACAAUUACCUCUAGUGUACAAAUCAUACCACCCAGCACACAUCUAGUUAAAGCUAUCGCCAAAGAUAAAUUUAAAUGUUUGUAUCUGUUGGUGGAAACAGCGGUGGCAGUGCGUCAACGCGAAAAAGAACAAGAUGAAGAUAUUCAUGUGUUAGGCAAUUGAAUCAAAAUGAAUUACCAUGUUCACCUCAUCACCACUAUCACUCAUAACCAACAGCAUCAAAUCUCCAAGAUUUUAGAAUUUUUAAUUCUUCUAAAAUAUUUUUGUUAUUUUUUUUGUAUCUAUUAAAUUGAUUUCGACUUUUUUUCUAUA